GACAAAUUUGAUAAUUUCCCUUUUGCUACGCCCCCAUCUCACGGAGUCGCACGCAUCCUGCCGCCGCUCUACUAAUCCUUCUCCUCCGUCGCCGCCGCCGCCGGCUGCUCGCUCCACGGUGAGCUCAUUGGCGUCUGACUCCUUGUUUCAACGCCCGCCAACAUCCGCCUCUGUUGUGCCCUAAACCGGUCGCUGCUCCCAAGUCAACUCCGUCCUCUCCCGGCAAUCCCUCCGUUUUGUGAUUGGAACAUUGAUUCGUAAUCGAGUUUUUUUUUUCUUUUUAAAUCUUAAAGCUCCUUUUCCAUUACGGAAAGUUUCUCUGCCUCUGCAUCCGUUCCAGCCACGUGCCUCCUUCCUCGUGUCUCUGCUUGCGGUGCAUCCAACAUUGGACAGCAUUGUUCGAGCGAGGUUUGCUUCAUCCCUUCGAUCGUGAUCCGUCGAGGAUGCUGCAGACAACUGGAUUCGGCGCCCACUUGGUCUCCGCGUGUUGCUAAGAGGGCUCGAUGCGAUGGGGGAGUAAGAGAUCGAGCGAUUGGAGAUCUGAUCCAGUCAAUUGGAGGUCUUCUCUUGGCGCUGUAAGUCGAGAAACCAAGGAAUUCCUGACGCGCAACAGAUAUUUCCCUUCAGAUGGGGGAACAUCGCCUUGCCGAAGAUAGUUCCAUCAAUGGUGGAGCUCCUAAACUGGAAAACAUUCACAAAGUUUCACUCAUACCUCUUGUCUUUCUCAUAUUCUAUGAGGUCUCUGGUGGCCCCUUUGGGAUAGAAGAUAGUGUUCAAGCUGCUGGUCCACUUCUGGCUAUACUUGGUUUUCUUGUGUUUCCCUUCGUAUGGAGCAUUCCUGAAGCGUUGAUCACUGCCGAGAUGGGUACCAUGUUUCCGGAAAACGGAGGUUAUGUAGUGUGGGUCUCCUCAGCUUUGGGCCCUUUUUGGGGUUUUCAGCAAGGUUGGAUGAAAUGGCUUAGCGGUGUCAUAGACAAUGCUCUGUAUCCAGUCCUCUUCUUGGACUACUUGAAGUCUGGUGUUCCGGCUUUAGGAGGUGGACUUCCAAGAGUAUUCGCUGUGUUAAUCCUAACAAUUGCACUGACGUAUCUGAACUAUAGAGGGUUGGCCAUUGUUGGAUGGAUGGCUGUGUUUCUUGGGCUCUUUUCGAUUGCUCCUUUCGUUUUAAUGGGGUUAGUGGCAAUUCCAAAACUCAGGCCUGCAAGAUGGUUAGUUGUUAAUUGGCGCAGUGUUGACUGGAAUUUGUACUUGAACACACUUUUCUGGAACCUUAACUAUUGGGAUUCGAUCAGUACUUUGGCGGGAGAGGUGGAUAAUCCAAAGAAAACUCUGCCAAGGCCCUUUUAUGCACUGAUUCUAGUGGUUGUUGGCUACUUAUAUCCCCUCCUUGCAGGUACCGGAGCCAUCCCCCUCGAUAGGGAGUCAUGGACAGAUGGUUAUUUCUCUGAUGUCGCCAAAAUCCUCGCUGGGGUCUGGUUAAGAUGGUGGGUGCAAGGGGCUUCAGCUCUGUCCAACAUGGGCAUGUUCAUCACCGAAAUGAGCAGUGAUUCUUAUCAACUCCUUGGAAUGGCGGAGAGGGGCAUGCUCCCGGAGUUCUUUGGUAAGCGAUCCCGCUAUGGAACACCUCUCGUGGGGAUACUGUUUUCUGCUUCGGGUGUGCUCUUGUUGUCAUGGAUGACUUUUCAAGAGAUAGUAGCGGCCGAGAACUUCCUCUACUGUUUCGGAAUGAUUUUGGAGUUUGUGGCCUUCAUAAAACUACGACUGAGCUACCCGAAUGCUCCUCACCCAUAUAAAAUUCCUCUAGGGACAGUUGGUUGCAUUUUGAUGAUCAUCCCCCCUACGAUGUUGAUAUGUGUAGUUCUGGCUUUUGCCACCUUCAAAGUAAUGACUGUGAGCAUUUUGGCGAUGCUAGUCGGGUUCAUUCUUCAGCCUUGUCUGAAACAAGCAGAAAAGAGGAGAAUCUGGAAAUUCCAUACAAACUCAAACCUUCCUGAAUUUAGGGAAGCUGAGCAUGACAUUAGUACUAUCGAAUCGUUGAUAGAUUAGGUUAGUGGGCGAUGCUUUGUUUAUGAUGGAAUUUCCCUGGAUUUGCUGAACUCAUUGUUGAUUGAAGCUCAUUUCCUAAUAUUUUCUCGCUUGGUUGCUAAUAAAGUUUGAUCUCUUCUCAAA